AGAGAGAGAGAGGGGCGCUAACUCAAUUGUCAAUAUUGCGCUGAUACUACAUGAUGGCUUCUCCGCCGGACACGAGUAAGAGCUCCAAGCUCGAGCGCUACAACAGCUACCUCCUCCGCCGCGUCAGCAGCGCCAAGCUCAUCGCGGCCUCUUCCCACCUCCUCUUCCGCGCCACCAUCCUUGCCGCCCUCAUCCUCAUCUUCCUCUUCCUCCUCCAUUACCCUCCUCUCCUCCUCUCCAGCUCCCACUACUCCUCCUCCUCUCCUCACUCCAACCACCGCAGUCUUCUUUCCUCUGGCUCCUAUGGCGGCGGCUACUGGGAGCGGGACGUCCGCCGCUCCGCUGCCCCCCGCCGCCCUGAUGGCCUAUCCGUCCUCGUCACCGGCGCCGCCGGAUUCGUCGGUACCCAUUGCUCCCUCGCGCUGAAGCGGCGGGGCGACGGCGUGGUCGGCCUCGACAACUUCAACGCCUACUACGACCCCGCACUCAAGCGAUCCCGCCAGGCCCUCCUCUCCAGUCACGGCGUCCUCGUCCUCGAGGCCGACAUUAAUGACGGCACACUCCUCGCGAAACUGUUCGACGUUGUUCCCUUCUCCCACGUCCUCCACCUGGCUGCCCAGGCCGGAGUCCGCUACGCCACUCGCAACCCCCAGUCUUAUGUAGCCUCCAACGUCGCCGGCCUCGUCUCCCUCUUCGAGGUCGCCGCCAAGCAUGCCGACCCCCAGCCAGCCGUCGUCUGGGCCUCCUCCUCCUCCGUCUACGGACUCAACACCGAGGCCCCCUUCUCCGAGAUCCACCGCACCGACCGCCCCGCCUCCCUCUACGCCGCUACGAAGAAGGCCGGCGAGGCCAUCGCCCACACCUACAACCACAUCUACGGCCUCUCCAUCACUGGCCUCCGCUUCUUCACCGUCUACGGCCCCUGGGGCCGCCCCGACAUGGCUUACUUCUCCUUCACCAAGAGCAUCCUCUCCGGGAAGCCCAUCACCCUCUUCCGAAUGCCCGACGGCACCGCCGUGCAACGCGACUUCACCUACAUCGACGACGUCGUCAAGGGCUGCCUCGGCGCCCUCAACACCGCCAAAAAGAGCACGGGCGUCCCCGGCGGCGGCAAGAAGCGGGGCCCGGCCCAGCUCAGGGUAUACAACCUCGGCAACACCUCUCCGGUGCCGGUGGCGGAGAUGGUAAGCAUCCUGGAGCACCUGAUUGGGAAGAAAGCCAAGAAGAACGUCGUCACGCUGCCGCAGAACGGCGACGUGCCCUUCACGCACGCCAAUGUCAGCUUGGCUAAGACGGACUUCGGGUACCGGCCGACCACCGACCUCGCCACCGGGCUGAGGAAGUUCGUGAAGUGGUACGUCGAGUACUACGGUGUACAGACUCCUAAAGUGGUCAACAAGGACGCCGGAGAGGAGGACAAGGAAGAAGAGGGGGCGGCAGCGUCGGCGUGAUCAUAUGCAGUGUUGUAAUGUUACUUAAUCCCAGAUUAAUCUUCAUCAUUACCAGAAGCAAUAUUAGCUAAAAGACUAGUGAUAAUAAUGGCCAUGAAGAAGAAGAAGAAGCAGAAGAAGAUGAUGGUGUCGAGGGAUAAGAAAUGGGAGGAGAAGCCAAGACAGAACAAGAAUGGCUCUCAUGGUUUCUCUUUCUUUUACUUCUUUUUCUUCAAUUUAGUGCUCUACUAAGUUUGUUUGCUGAAGAAGAAGAAGAAGAAGAAGAGAUUUUGCUGUUGGAUGUAAAUCUACACAGUUCUAUUUCAUUUAUAACAUGUUCAUAUGAUCCUGUCUACUUUCUGUAUCA